AUGAUGUUUUACCACUACGUGACGUGGAUAGCACCUCUGAUGAUUCCUGUGGACAGCACCGAGAAUCCUUGGAAAUCAGUGUAUCCCUCCACAGCGCUUCAGGAUACUUCUCCGGCUUCACGCGCUUUGUAUCAUGCGAUACUAGCUCAGUCAGCUUUUAACAUAUCCAAUCUACAAAAAGGCAACCCGGAAUCCCAUCGCCAAAGAGAAUCUGUCGCUUUGAAGCAUUAUGGAGCUUCAUUAAGAGAGCUGAGUAAGAGCUUGAAUGCCACAAAGGAAACGGAAUAUGAUGCCUGCGCUGCUACUUUAUAUACGCUUAUGAUAUCCGAGGGCAAUGCGCGUGGCUCAGUGGCUUGGAGGAAUCACUUUGACGGUGUCGGAGGCUUCGUCACCCACUUUGUUCAGCAAAAGCCAUGGACCCGAUCCACGCACUCUUGGGUAAUAUCCCAAAGCCUUGCGCUCUCAUUCGAAAUAUCACAGACAGUCAAUGUCAAACCCUACGGUCGAUCGUCGAUAACAGAUGUUCUGUUAGACAGCGUCGCAUCGCACCAAAAUUUCGGGUACACCAUAGGUGCAAGCUGCGAUGUUUUAAGAACCAUUUCAUCAAUAAGACUUUUUGCGGAGAAAAUCGCACUCGGCGAUAUCCCUGAUAAUCUCGGUAUUUUGAUUCAGUCAUGCCUCGUCGAGUUAUCACCUCUCAAUAAUAGCAACUUCGAUAUGGAUCUCGAUAUACCAGAGCGCGAUAGUGUUCUGGAGUCGCUGCCGGAAACGCAGCAGCACAAGUUUCUAGACUGUCUACAUCUCCGCCUUUUUCGCACCGCAACACUCAUAUAUCUACACCAAGCUAUUCUUAAAGUUCCCCCGCGAGGCGUUCGAAAAUAUGUCAAAUCGGUCCUUGAAGAUGCUAUGACAUUCAUCCACAUGCGAGGAGGCUCGAUAUCCAUGUGGCCAAUCUUCAUUGCUGCCACUGAAGCUACUGAAGAGGAGGAUCAAUUGAUGGUCGAACAGUGGCUAGCGAUAUCGAGCCGACUUGGAAUGCAAAAUCGCUUGAUAGCUAGAAAACUCCUUCAUCAAAUAUGGUACGAACGGUCUGAAGAAGCAGCUGCCAAUGGCCUGGAUCCAAAUCAAGUGAUAAUUGACUGGAAGGCAGUUCAACGAAGAUUAGGGUUUGACCUUUUACUUUUGUAA